GUCAAAAAGUUUCAAUUUGAAAGUGGAUAUAUAAACAGAAUUGUGCUUAGCUAGUGGAAAAAAAUCAGGAUUUUCUUGGUCUCAUCGCAGGAAACCAGAUAUUCUACUUCUGCCUUUUCCGCAGUUUGCUAUGAUGGCUUCACACGCACACAAACAUAUGCACGCACUGCCUGAGCCCACAGUGGAAGCUUAAAGUUGGUGGCCGCGAACUGUGUACAUGCGGGAGAGCGAAAGCAAGUGUUGGUGUGACUCAUCCAUACUGCUCUGGCUUCACCUUUUCCCUUUUUUCGCUCUGAACGGCGCGACUGAGUGGGCAGUGAAAACUGGUUUUUUGAUGUUUUCUUUUUGUUGUUGAACAAGUUGGCAUGUCAUUUCUACUGAGAGUUGUUUAUUUUUGUUCAACGAACUAUUUACCAUGGGCUCAUUCCUGGUGAUUUAGGGAUUCGGGUUUUUCUAUCUAAAUAACAUGUGCGACAAGUAGGAUAAAAUUGUACCAAAUUCUGAAAUAGCCCGUGAAAAUAUUGUAUUAAAUAUAUGUUAGAUGGUUACCUCUCAGAGAGUUGAAAAGAGUUGCCAAGUGUAGUGCAGAUUAAAAGAGCUUUUUUACUUUGCUUCAAUCAUACUGAAAUUGUUUUGUGUUAAGAUUAAGUAGCUUUUAUGUGCAGUGUUGAAUACAGUAUAUAGGCAUACAAAGUUUAGUGAUAAAGUGUACCAGAAACAGUGUCUACCUGUAGAACAUCUACUAAGUUAUACACACGAAAAAGAUCACUUCGCAGUAAGGUGGAGUGAAAAUGGUAUUCAUAAAAGGGAUUUAUUUCGGUCUGCUGGUGCUAGUGGCUAGUAGUAGCUUCCACAGUACCCUGGUGAAAGGGGAUAAGUACGAGGAAGAGGAUGACUACUACGAUUCUAGAGAGCGCAUUCUGGAAACAUCUUAUCACGGUCUUAUCAAAGAAAACGAAACGUUUGUUGAAAUCACACCGUUAAUCAAAGUCGACGAGACAAAAAUUUGCGGUUUCCACAUAAUAAAAAAGAACAAGGAGAUUCCAUUUCAGAUUGAACUGGUCAACGAACUGGGAAUACUGAAAGCGAAAAAAUCACUCAACUGUGAAAAGCGCAAAAACUACAAGUUCGACAUCACGGCAGUGUUCUGCGACGGCUCGCACUCGAAAAGUGCAAGUGUUCACAUCUCGGUGAUUGACAUAAAUGAAUAUUCCCCAACAUUCCUGCAGCCAUCGUACGUUACCGAGGUGGACGAAGGCCGGCUGUACCAGGAAAUAAUCCGCGUGGAGGCUACCGACAAGGACUGUACGCCGCUGUUUGGUGAUGUGUGCAAGUACGAAAUUUUGACCAGUGAUCAACCCUUUACAAUCGAUAACGAGGGCUCUAUCCGGAACAUCGAGCCGUUAUCACACAAGGCAUCUCACAACCACAUUCUCUCGGUAGUGGCUUACGAUUGUGCCAUGAAACAGUCUGCCCCGGUCAUGGUCAAUAUUCGGGUGCGACGCGUGUGUGAAGCGCAUGUAAUGGGAGUAGCCGAACGAAUCGAUUAUAUCGCCAACUCUAUGGAAAGCGUCUCAUUAUUCCCAAAAGUUCACCUCGAACUUUGCGAUAUGCAGUGCAAAGGCGAAGACAUGGUUGUCCAAUCAUCGGUUUCACUGAAAACUAAACAUAUCUCAUUUGGUUGUGAUCGGGAUGCAAGCCACUGCUUGAAGAAACUUAGCGAGGAAGAACGAAUUGAAACCGGAAUCGUCGAUUUGUUACAAAAGAACACUGAAUGGACUAAGGAUCUGGUUUAUGAUGAGGGCCCUGAAUCAAUUUUUCACUUCGAUGGUAGUUCUGGAGCUAUCAUUCCAAAGAGUUUGAUUAAAUCUCAGGACUUUGCAUCUCACCAGUUCAGUGUCAUGACCAUGUUCAGACAUCAUAGUAUCAGUUCGAACGAUAAACACACUAAGGAACAUAUCAUUUGCAGUGCUGAUGAUCACAAAAUGAAUCGCCACCAUAUGGCUCUGUUUGUGCGAAACUGUAGGCUGAUUUUACUUUUACGCAAAAACUUCAACGAUGGCGACCUGAACAUCUUCAGUCCGGCUGAAUGGCGUUGGAAGGUUCCUCAGGUUUGCGAUAAUGAAUGGCAUCAUUAUACUAUCAAUGUAGACCUACCGAAGGUUGAUAUUUACAUUGAUGGGGUAAAGUUUGAAAGCAACGUCGAAGACCGACACAGUAACCCUGAAGUUAUCGAUGAUUGGCCACUACAUGCUGUUCAUGGCAUCAACACUACUCUUGCGAUUGGAGCUUGCUACCAGGGAUCGGAAAAUCGUCUUAAGCAUGGAUUCAGCGGUGAUAUUUCUGAAAUUAAAAUAUCGCUGCGAAAAAUUCUUACUCCAAACCAGAUUCGUUGUGGAACGGAUUGUGCGGAAAAACUUCUCCCACCAGCUGAUCAUUAUCUCGAGCCCGAACAGCAAAUCCAAACCAACACCCAGAUGAAUAAGAUCAUCAUCGAAGGUAGCAACAAGAGCAACAUUGAGCAAUUGCUUCAACAAAUUCAGUACGUCAAUAGCAAAGACAACCCGACAAUUGGCCGUCGUAACAUUCAAAUUAUGACAACAGUCAGUUGCCCAAACAAAAAAGCGAUACGGUUACCAACGAUCGACACAUACAUCAUGGUAACUUCAUCUAACGUUUCGUCAGUAACGGUGACACAAUCAACCACAUUAUACAACAAAAUUCUUGUCGACAAACCAUUAACUGUUGACCAAAAACCACAGAUCGUCAUCACUGGAAACUCGAAUCAUCUUGUAUCCUACCCAGAUAUAAAAGAUGGUGUUAAAAUUUUAGCUCAGAUCAAUAUCAGCAUCUACACUGGCCAAGAAAUUCGACCAUCAUUGCAAAAACUGGACGCUUGCAAUGUCAACGUAUUUCCAAGUCUCAACCCUGACCAUGAGGAAAUAACCAUUGAUGAUAAAGAAGGAACCGACGAGUCUCUUUUCAAAUUUGAUAUCAAAACUAAAAUCAGUAAGGACGGCGUAGAGAUGAUCGGUUAUGAUACCAUUGAGAACUACCAGCAUAUUCUAAAAUCUCUGGUGUACAUUAAUAAGAAACCAGCUUACUAUUUGAAUCGGGUGUUCAAGUUAACCUGUUCGCAGGUAGAUGAUCAUUUCCGAAGCGCCGAAUAUACACUGACGCUAACAGUACUGCAUCCAAAACAGCAGGCAAUGUCUGCUUCCACUGCACCCAACGUACUAUUAGCAGUCCCAUCCGUAAUACCGACCGCAUCGAUUGAUGGACUAACCCAUUCCGGAGCUGCCAUCGCAGCAAAUUCUCACGAUACCAACCAAUACGCACACGCGAUGCUACAUUCGCACGACAUCCAGGAAUCGCAGUCCAAAGUGCACAACUUGGCACACGAGAAGGGGCAGCUGGCCUCGUCCCACUCGACCAUGUUGAUCGUGGUAAUUUGUGCAUCGUUUGUGUUACUGAUCUGCGGUGUAGGGAUCGCUCGUCUGCGCAACAACAGUGGCGGAAGCGGCAAUGGAGCAAGUCAAACGCGAAAUCUGGAUAAGCACCAGCCUUGCGCGAAGGUGGCUCCCGAGCAGCAGCUGGACUGGGAUGAUUCGGCGUUAACUAUCACCAUCAAUCCCAUGCAAAACGAUCACCUGUCGGACGAAAGCUCUGAGUCGGAGAAUUCCGACUCUGAGGACGAGGAAGUUAUCAACGGACGCUACAAAAAUGUAAGCCAGUUGGAAUGGGACAACUCUACAAUCUAAAUGAAUGUAUUAAAGGUUUUAAAUUAUGGAAAAUUUAUUGCAUAUUUUAAAAUUAAUAAAACAAACAGCAAAUGUGAAAACAAGCAAAAUUGCCAUCCACUUUCCAACUUUUACAGUAUGUAUGUAUGUACACACCAACAAACACAAGCAGACAAACACGCGCAGAUACAGAAUUGCCUCCGGAUAAAAGGUGGUAGCAAAAUGGAACCAGUGGUAACAAUCGGGAUAAAUAGCCGCUCGGCAACCGACAGUCGAAAGCUGGGUUAUCAUGUUUGAAAAUAGUAGGCAUUGGGGGAAGCGACUGGUAACUCAUCUAUAUGCAUUAUCAACUAGCUAAUACAUACAUAAAUUCCAAAACACUCAUACACAUACACAAACUAACAGGAAACAAACCCUACCCGAAUUGACGACAGCCCAGUGUGAGAGGUAAGUCAACAAGUAAAGUGACCGCGUGGGAAUCAGGGGAAUGGGAUAUUCUGUCUCUUUAUAUGCUUAGUUGUCAAAUCCUGUCGCAGCUAUGAAAGGUGAAAAGCAAAACAUAUUAUAUUGAUAGUAUUUUUUUGUUAGGAACACACAAAAAAAUUGCAGACAAAUAAGUAUCUAUGAAAUACAAACCGAUAAAAGAACAUUUAAGUUAUUAUGUGCCGUUUAUAGAAUUCAGCCUUGUCGGCACAAGUAUCAAAUGAGAGAUCUUCAUACACAUCGAAACAUUUGCACUUUGCACAUCAACGGUAGUCAACAGUUUGAGAAAUGAACCUCUGGGAAAUGGCAGCAUAAAUAUUGGUUCCCGUUGUGAGAAUUGGAGUUUGCUUUCUCGUGUUAUCAUUUGAAUUUGGUUUUAUUAUCAAACAUAGGCCAACCGAUUCCAUCAUUCCACACUACCUACUGUAAUGUCGUAAGAUAUAUAUGGCACAUAUGGUCAAAAUUACCAGGCAAGAAAUCUGCUUCGGUCGAGUAUACAUAAGAAUGGUGGAACGAACAAUCGGAGCAUCAUCAUCAUCAUCACUUCAUUACGAUGCACAUUAUAAUUUGCGUUCUGCUCAUUCGAAUAAUAAUCAUUUCAGUGCAACUGACGAUAAUUUGCCAUUCAAAUUUAAACUAUUUUACUAUACUGCUCCAUACUUGGUACUGAUUCACACAAAUUAUGGGGCUUGCUGCACGAGUUAUGGUUUUUAUUGUCGUUUUACAGUGCUUCAUUUCGUUUGAAUUUGGUUUGAAAAGCAUUUGAUCGGUGAAUGCGAUUAAAAUGGUUGUUAUUUCAACCGGAAUAGGCGUUUACUUAUUUUAUCAGUUCUGUUCUACAGAAAAUAAGCACAUCUUCAAUUUAUACUUUUUUAGUUUUCGAUUUCUACUCAUCAAUCAAUGCAUUUGUAGUUUAUAUAGAUCUGGUAGUGAAACCUAGCAGUCCAGCAUGAAACGAUACGUAGACAUUUUAUUUUGUUCUACUAGAUCACUUUUCGAUAGAUGCAACUGAGGAUGUCAUUCUUAGGGUUUCUAUCCAUAUUCUUAUGACGACUUUUUAAAGAUUCUCGACUGAGUAAGAUUUGAGUAGUAAGCAUUAUGUGCUCAUACAAAGUUACUUAGAUCAUUUCCCUUUUUCUCUCGAUCCAUGAAUAGUGUUAGUAUACUGAACUAAACUAGUUUGAUGAUUUUGCUGCCAAUUCCUAAAGAUUGAAAUUUUCCGAACGUAUUAUUGCAUUUUAAUAAAAAAAAUAAUUUGCUGAAUAAACGCCGCAGUAUAGACUUAUUCGUUUUCCAGUAUUUUAGUUUAUCGACCUACACUGCCGUUCUACGCAUAAUUGUCCCAUAUUCUGUGGGAUUUCCCAUACAUAUGGGACAGUUAAACUUGGAACGGCAGUACACGCAGCGUACAGAUACGACUGCGAAUAGCAAUCAAUAAAGCGCCAUAAUAAAUUCUAGUGAAACCACCUCGAAGAAACGUGAAAUCUCGCUUUUUUUUCUCUAAACAACACCGCGAUAGUAGAUCUGCACAGGUUAAGGCCAAGCACAUGCAUAGUUGAUUAACUUGAAACCGUCCAUAUGGAAUGAUCCGGUGAGUUUUGCAGGGAAGCAGUAACGGCAAUGUUGUUCACUUAGCGGGAUCAAGUUCGGAAUUUUGCACGAACACAAGCACACACUCAAACAGAAACCCACACUAAUCUUAUAAACGACACCGACGCAGGCACUUACGAUUCCAGCUUCCCCCUGUUUUACUAAAACGCUGACGAAAUGAAAUGUUUCAAACGUUCAGGAAAGUAGAUGAAGCAUGUAUUCCGAAACAUAAGUGUAAAUCGAGUCUAAGUUGUAGUUUUUAGUUGCUUUACAAAGUAGUGAGCAGAGAGAAAAUAUAGUCGAAAGAAGUAAAAUCAAAAUAAUUUUGUGAUACAAGUAAAAGGAUGUAAACGAGUAAUAGCUAUUGUUUUUUCAUUAUAAACAAAUCACGGUGAGAGAAAAGCCACUCGCCAUUAAACAAGAUUUCUUUCUAAUUAAUCAUUAGUUUUAAUACAUUUUAAUAAUGUUUGAUUAUUCCGUGUUUAGACUUUGGUUUCGAUUGUUUUGCUUCUAUUGAAAAUCAAAUCGUUGUUCAUUGUUUGCGAGAGAUCGAUGAUUUUUUCGUUUUUCUUUUGACACACUUAGAUAUAACUGUAAUGCAUAAGUGGUAAACAAGUCUAAUAAAAACAAAAAAGUGUAAAAAUACAUCAAAUUGGAAUUUAACAUUAAAUUUAAUUAUAUCAAUGCUAAUAACUGGUUUGCAAGAGAAAAAAAUGUAAAACAUAAACAGCAAGAAAGGAAAGUAUAUUAAACACGAACAUUCAACUUCAGCUAACAAGUAUUGAGAAUGCAAACGCUAAAUUAUAGGGAAAACUGAACUUAGUAUAUAUUUAUAUGAACGGUAUAUUAAUUUGAUAUUACAGUGGCAAAAAAAACAAACGCCGAUAUCCAGCUCACUAAGAGCGCGUCCCCGAGAAAAAUAGAAGGGUAAAAAUGAGGGAGGAGUUAGAAUCGUAGUUAAUAAAAUUGUGUGACACGUUGCAGAAGCAGAAGGAAACGAAAAGUAGUACACGGAGUGCAAAACUCAUCGCAAACAGGAAACAAAGCGUCUCGGAAGGUGCUCGGGUGGAAGUGAGAGGUAGUUGUGGAAAAUCUCGUUAUCAACGCUUGACAUUGCUAUGACGCGCUUUGCGGUGAUGGGAUAUGGAAGGAUGUUCAUCAGUCGUGCUUUCUGUUCGUUGGUUGGUGGCGUGUGGUCGGGGAAACCGUCAACAUUCAGUGGCAUACUGUUGCCGAGCAAUGAACAAGUUUCCAGACCGUUUGAAAACAAGGUCAUUAGAUGGUUUUACACGAGUGGAUUUAGCAUGUACAUCUGAGUAUAGAUUCAUCAGAAUGCACGGCAUAGCCUGACUUAGAAUGCACAGCAUAGCCUGACUUUGGACGGAAAUUCACUGUUAGCUAAACUUCCGCUUACAGCAUAAUAGUCUCUUUUUUGUAUAACUCUUAUGCAGUUGGGACAAUUUUGCAUGUUAUAUUUUUUAAGUAAUUGUUGACUUUUGAGGUUGAGAAUGUGUAGCUCUUGUUACUGCAUAUGUCUGCUAUUUUGAUUGACUUUUGGAUUGCUAUACUGCAUAUUCAAAAACUAAUGGCUUGUAUGUUACAUAGCCUUGGAAACACGUUACAACGUAACCGUAAUAGCCAAAUGGGUUCAGUGUUGAAUGUGACACCUACGAUUUCCACAACAACGGAGCGGAAUGAACAUGAAAAAGAUGACAAGAUUUAUAGCUCUUCUUCCAACCGAGCAUGAAACAACAGAUUUGUCGAAAGAACGACACAAACAAAUGUAGCUAUACGUAUAGAGAAUAGAAGAACUAUGACUUAACUAUAACAGUAAAACAGUUGGCAAGAGAGGAAAAUAAAAAUUAUAUACACAUAAAAAAUGGUAAAAAAUCGACACAGAAAACAGUGGGAGUAAUAUUUGAAAAAAUAUGCCUAAGUUUGUGAAAAUUAAGAACAACCGUAAUCGUGUUUAAAUGUGAAAACUACAGUGGUAACUUAGCUAAAUCAAGCAGCCACCAUGUGUACACAAUGAAUAGUGCGUGUAUGUACACAUAAUUUAGCGGUAUUAACUUUUCUGUUAAACAAUCAUCCUAUAUAGCAAAAGAACAAGUGAAAAUAACAAAUAUUUAGCUUACUUGAGUGAACAGACUAAAAGUAAUUAAUGAAAACCAGGACAAACAAAACUCUAUAGCGAAAAACAAUUUAUAAAUCCGCCGGAUUUAGUCACUGUAAGAAAAUGCUGCUUUAACAAUCUUUCUAGCGUUAAACAAAAGAAACGAACCAGGAAAAUAAUUCACAGUGACGCAACAUUAUAUCAUUCAUCAUGCAUCCCAAAGACAAACAAAUCGGAAGUUUAUGAUCUUAUCGAUUCUCAUUUCCUCCCAUUAGAUUCAACUGUUCCGUAAUACCUUGAGAAAAUUAUAAAGAUGGCUAUUCUAUUUUCCAAUUUAGUCCCUUACUAUUCACUCGCCUCGUGUAAAUCAACUUCCCCAGCAGAAGCUAGAAUUUCUGAUAAAAGUUUCCUUGAAGGUGAAAGUGCACCUGGUUAUAUGAAUUCCAUUAAUUGAUUCACGGACACAAUUCUUUAGGUUAGAGUGUUGACUUUCUAGCCUUCCCAAAUUGAAGAAUAUCGUCAGGCAUCUGUUUUUUUUAUUUGAUAAUGGAUAUUAUAAAACACCACCAACCAGUCUCUGUAUCGUUCUGUAACUCGCUCUUAUUUCGAGGAAUAAAGUUUAAAUACAAAAUGAA